AUGGGGAACUGGGGAGUGGGUGGCGGCGACCAACCUCCCACGGCACCCGGGUUGGGGGGCUACGAGCUCUCGCCAGCUACCUGGGGCAGAGGUGAUGGGGACAAAGGGCACCCUCGCCGCUCCGCGGUAUUGUUUCCGCCUCCUCACUGGCCGGGGCUCGUCUCCCGGGCGAGGCCUGUCACCGAGCGGCGGCGGCGGCAGCCCCGCGCAGCCCGCAGCGCUCCUAAUCCCCGGGCUCAAGUAGACGCCGCUGGCCCGCGGCCUGCGCUCUCCGCCGGGCCUACGCCUCCCCGGCCGCCCGGCAGGACCGUCCCCGCCGCCGGAGCCGGCCGGAGAGGGGACGGACCGCCGCCGAGCAGGGCGGCAGCCACCCGAGGGGAGCCAACUCCAGACUCGCCGCCGAGGGGACCUGGGCCGCCAGGGGAGCGCGGGGAGGGGAGCGCCGAGGAGGGAGAGACGCUGGGACCUGGCGCCGCCGCCGCCGCCGCCGCCGCCGAAAGAAAGAGCAGGAAUUUACCUGGGCGAAUCGGCAAACACUCACAAACACCCGGCCGGGGCCCGAGCUACCGGGGGGGCAUCGCCGCCGGCCCGGGAACCAAUCCUCCUGUCGGCGGGGGCGUCCCUCCCUGCGGCUUGGUGGUGUCGGGUGAGUCGGUACCGACGGAGGGAGGGGGGGGAGGGCGGGGGGGAAGGAGCCCUGUGUGUGUCUCUCUCUCGUUCCGUCUCUCCCUCUCAGAACAAAAUGCCGACCGGAAGUGCAGCUGCAGGAAUGACUCCCUCCACCGGCGCCAAACACUAACAACCACCCCCUCUUCCCCACUCCACUUCCGCCACCGCCGCCGCCGCCGCCGCCGCCACUGGGGCUCGCGUCCUCGGCCGCGCCGCGCCGUUCCGCGCCGCUCCCCGGCUCCGGGCGAGGCGGCGGCGCUCCUGCGCGCCCCGCUCGGCCUCAGGGCGGCCGCGGCUGUGGCCUGGGCCGGCCGAGCCUGCGCGGCGGCGGCGGCGGCGGCGGCGUCUUGGCUGCGGCGCGGGCGGGCCGGCUCGCCAGGGUCUGGAUCUUCCUGGAGGCCGAGCGGCGCGGGGUCGGGCUUCGCUGGUGGUCGUGUGCGUGGGGGGCGCUCCGGCCCGGCUCGGCUCGCAGGCCGCACCCGCGGCCCCGGCAGGUCGUCAUUGGCUUUCGGGAGCCGAGCUCGGGGCGGCCGCGCAGAGGACGCCCGCGAUCCGACGGCGACGGUGCAUUUUUUUCCCAAUGGUCUCCCUGCAGCCCGGCGGAUGGAUGGAUGGAUGGAUGGAGGGAUCGUCCACCUUCUCUCCCCAGGAGAGGCCGGACGUUACGCCCGUUUCUGCAUUAUUUUCUGCGGAGUCAGGACGUCACCCGCGGCGGCGGCGAAGAGUCCCAGCUGGAUCGGAUUUGGAAGCGUGUCUGGGAUGCAUGUAUUUCUGGAAAUAAUGCGGUCUUUUCUGAGUCUCCUUUUUUUUGUUGGCGGUGGUUUUGAUUCUUCCCUAACUGUCGGGAUACAGACCUGUAGGCGACGCUGUUGGAGCGAGCGGCUGGCCCGCGGCGGCCCGGAGCGCGCGGGUCCGCGCCCCCCUCGAGUGUGGGUGGAGCCGAGCGCGCGGGAGUCGCCCGCCGCGACCCCGGCCACCGGGCCACCGGGCGACCGCGGGCCGCGGGGGAGCCCGGGGCCGGCCGAUCGCAGACCUCGCUGCCCUCGCUUCCCCGGAGACGGCGGGGUCCCGGACCAGGCUGGAGUACCGACGGGAUGGAGGAGAGGACCGGGCUCCGUGCGGUCUCCCGGGACCCGCGCCGUGUCCGGGUCGUCCCCGGUUCUGUGGGUUUCCUUGUGCACGUUAACAGGGGGCUGUGCUUCAGGUACAGAGGGCCAGUAGGUUAUUCCUUUUGCCUCAAAUCAUCAUCAUCAUCAUCAUCAUCAUCACUGGAGGGACUAGAUCAGGUCUUGUCCCCGAGACCCUCCCCUGGCUCUGCAUCCAGCGGAGAGGACGAGCCCAGCCGCGCGGGCGGUGCGGGAAGCUGCGCUGGGGCCCCGGCCCGCGGACCUCCGUCUCCGCCAGGCUGCCCCCCGGUUUCCCCGGCGCUGGCGCCCCCACCUGCAGGUGUUCUCUGUACUGGCACCUGGGCGCUUCCGCGGCCCCCGGUUAAACUGCGAGUUCCCUCCCCCCCUCCCCCACUUUAUCCUCCCGGCGUUCUCCUUAUCGUGCAGGCUUAUCAUCUGUUUUCCCCAACGGAGCGUCAGCUCCCCGAGGAUGAGAGGUUUUGUCUUCCUCCACUGUUGUGGGGAGAAAAGAUGGCUAGAGCCCUGACCGGUGUGGCUCAGUGGAUAGAGCGUCGGCCUUUGGACUGGAGGGUCCCAGGUUCGAUUCCGGUCAAGGGCAUGUGCCUUGGUUGCGGGCACAUCCCCAGUUGGGGUGUGCAAGAGGCAGCUGAUCGAUGUUUCUCUCUCAUGAUGUUUCUAACUCUCUAUCCCUCUCCCUUCCUCUCUGUAAAAAAUCAAUAAAAUAUAUUUUAAAAAAGAAAAAAGAAAAGAUGGCUAGAAGAAUGGCGGACACACAGGUGCUUAGUAUUUGGUUAAUGAAUGAAGGAGGCAUGACCGCCUUGCUCUCCCUACUCCUCCCCCCCACCCCCAAUUUCUGAACUUUGUUCCUUAAUAUAUAAUUAUAUGUACUUAAAUGCUACAGGUAACUUUAUGAAAGAUAGGUGGAAACUGAAAAAAAAAUAAGGAAAAAUGCAAGUUUAUUACAGAGUUCUAGAAAAAGGCACUUUCUAGACAUUUGAAAAACCCUCCACAACACCAGAAGCCCACAAAUGAGCGGGGGAAAAAAAAUUUUUUUCAGGUUUCUGUAAAUGGGCUUGCUAGAGAGGACAGUGGAUGGAGCGCAUGAGCACACACUGGGCCAAUUAGCUUUGCUCUCUUCCUGAAUCACAAGCUGUGUCGUUUAGUCUGUCUGCCCCCCCCCCCCUUUUUUUUCUUGCAAAAUACAUGCUAUUUUCACUAAAAUAAAGUCUGUGUGAAUUGGUUGGCUUAGCUCAAAUACAGCACUACUGGAAAAGUUCAUUCAGCAAGUAUUUAAUGGGCACAAAGUGAGUGCCAGUCACAGUGAUUCCAAAGGUGUGUGCUUCUAGGCCUUAUGGAAAGGAGCACAUAUGGCUACUCUGGUUACUACUCAAUGAUGCUGUCAAGCAAAGCAAAUGCUAGUGAGAUUUAGUUUCUACAGUUUCCUUCAGAAGAAAAGGCUCAGUGAAAGCCGAGGUCAGGAUUAGUGUGGAUAUUUUAAUUCACCUUUUAGCUUGCUGUUCAUUUACAUUUACUUUAUGAAAGCACUAGGUGUACCAAUAAAUUAAUUGAUAAUUUUUGAAAACUAUGAAACAAAUUUGAGUAUUUUUACUUUCUAGUGGCUGGAAAAACAGACGACCUUUUAAAUUAAAAUAAGUAAGUAUACCAGCAAGCUAGAACCUGCAAUAAGCCCUUGGCUGUGAUAUAACAAUCAUAUUCCACUUACGGAAUUUUGCGACAAGAAAAGACAGUCUUGAUAGUUAUUUUAUAACCAUUAAUACAUUUAAUUAGACAUUGUUUCAUAAAUUCAACAGCCUGUUAAUUAUAAGUUUACCCAGAUUAAUCUUUAAGAACAGCUUUAAGUCUUAUACAGAUGUCUUUUUCAUUCAGUUUAAAAUACUAAAAUUUCAAUUUGCUUAAGGAAACACAAUUAUCUUCCUAUAGACUUUUUUAAAUGUUCCUGGUAAACUAAUAAUUUUGCAGGUCCAGGUAACCAGUCUUGACAUUAUUGUAGCAUUUACUUUUAAAUUUUAGGUAUCUUGGUUUUCAGUUUCUUCCCUCAUUUACUUAUCAGAGACUUACUAGGUGCUUCUUAGCUUUAUGACCAACACCUGCUACACAUUAGUGACUGAAAACAAGAUCUCUCUGCCUUUAAAGGUUUUAAGUUGUACAUAGUUUAUACCAGUUUUUUCCAGAUCACGCAAUAGAAUAUUUCUCUAUUAAUGUGUUUUACUUGCCUAAAUUUAAGUAUCCAAGUUGAGAUCUUGUGUAGAAUCUAUUAAUUUAAUCUUAGUGUUUUCUUGAUUUCAUUAAGUCUUGUUUCUUGGUUUGGGGGGGAGGGGUGUUUUGAUUAACAGUUGUUUUUCUCAACCUUAUCCAUUUAUUCUGCUCUUACAUUUUUAAAACUUUUUCUAAAAUCAGUUGAUUUAUGGUGGUCUUUUAUCCUUGAUUUAUUCAUUCUUAAUUUGUAGGGCAGCCCAAUCAACCUUUAAUCUGAUUUGAUACUACCCCCAUUCUUUAAGUACUGAAUUAUAGUACUCAUUUUAUUUGCCAGAGUAAACCUGGAUAGUCCCAUAGGUAUCCUUGAUCAAUAAAUUGCAGAAGAUUUAAUAAAAUAUUUUAAAUGGAUUUUAAGUAUUAACUAUUGAAUGUAGUCAGCUUGGUAUAAUUGACAAAUUAUAAAUUAUUUUUAUUGAUAAUACUUAUCAUUAAGAGAAAUACAAUUUGUCAAAAAAUUAAAAAUUUUAGAAAACAAUUUUCUUACUAUUUUAUACUAACCAGUUCUAUCUUUUAUUAGUGAUAAAAAUAACUUAUAAGAACAAAAAUUUAAAAUAUAGUAAAAAAAGAAGUAAAGGACAUGUAGUGUUUUAUAUUUAGGAUAAUUAAGUUACUUAUUUCAAGAAACAUUGAAGAGUUAAUUAUAGAUGUUGAUGUGAGGGUGAGCUACAAAAAUAUCAAACAAUUUAAAGUCUGGAAAUAAGUUCUGCAAAUUUUUAAAUGAAAUACCUUAAUAAAAUUUGUGAUAGUAUUUGUGAAGGAUAUUCAACAUAUUUUAUCUGUCUUUGUUAACAUGAUAGAAAUGAAUGUCCUUCAAGAACAAGCUUUGUCCUUUCAUUAAUCCUUAUUAAUCCUUACCUCUAAAUUUAUAGAUUUUAUUAUCCAUGCCAUCCACUUAUAAUCCUCUGACUUUCCUAUAUUAGUGUUUAUAUUUUUGCAUGUCCAUGCCUUAUGUUCCUAAAUCAUAGUGACCAGUUAUGUGUUAUACUACAUUACAAGCUUCAAUGUGCAUUGGAUAGGGUAGGGCCGUCAGGAAAAUGCAUUUCUGAAAUAUAAUUUCAAUAUAUAAUUAUUUAGAGUCAUUAAAUCUUCAUGAAAGUCUAAUUUUAAUGGAACCUACCCAUAUGCUGAAUGUGAACCAGAGAAUUUAACUAUACAUGCAUUUUAGUACUAAACUAAUCUGGAACAACAUUGGUUUUUAAAUGUUUUUAUCUAUGAAGGAAGAAUACAAAAUCCAUUAAAGACAUCUAAAAUGGGUAUGAUAGGAGUGCUUAUGAUGCUCAUUUCAAAGCAUCUCCUCUAGAACAGUGUUUUAAAACUGGGUCAUGUACCACUAUGGGUCAUGAAAUAAAUACAGUGGGCAGUAACCAGUAUUUCUUAUUUAAUAUAUAGAAAAGAAUAGAAAAUCUAAGAGUACAUCACAAAUGGUAGAGUCUAUAUUUUUAAAUGAACGUUUCAUUUAUGUGUGUGCAUGUGCUAGGUUACCUUGUAAUAUAUAGAGUUGGGCAAAAGUAGGUGUACAGUGCCAUUGUGACAUUCUUUUGAGUUAAUAAAGCUAUUGUAAUAAUCAUAGCCUGCCCAUCCGUCUUUGCAUACAAACAACUGUAAACCUACUUUUCCUCUCCCCUGUAUAUUUCGUAGUAUGGAUUAUAGGCUGAAAAAAAGUGGUGGUUUUUUUUUUUUUUAAUCUACAGUUUAGUUUUUCUUUUACUUCCUUCCUUAGAAAAGAAAAAAGAAUACUAGAAAGUUUUGAGUGCCUGUGAAAUAGUGAGGAAUUUUAGAGAUUUGAUAAUUGAUUUCAGAAAAAUGAUCUUAAGGUAAAGGGUAGGUAAACUAUGCAGAAAUGUCAAAUAUUGAAGUUGUGAGGAGGAAUUAUUUUCCUAGUGGAGCUAAAUUUGUUGUGUUUAGAUUUAUGACUGUUUUCUUAUUGAUCUAUUGCAGCACAUCUAAUUUCAAAUGCCCAAUACAAAAUAAUAAAUAUAAGGCAAAGAAUA